AUGGCUAUGGCGCAGACCAGCAGCUCGCUACCGGGUCACCUACACGGUCACGGAUACCACGGAAAUCAACAUGGACACUCCAAGAUAACAAAGCCACGGAGUCGACCAGCUGUGAAACCAAUUCUCAAGAAACUGCAGUCGCAUCACUCCCACUCGGAAAAGAACUCGCUGGACUUGGAUCGCAGUUGGGACGAGCAAGGCCAAUUUGGGUAUGGCUACUCUUCGUAUAACGUCGAUGGCGACGACUCGUCUUAUACGGCAGGUGCAUCAGCACUGCCAACACCUGCUGGCCGCGCACGCGAUGUGAGCUUUUCUAUAUCGGCCACUGAUAUCAGCACUGGCGGCGCCCGUUCGAACAAGUAUUCGCAUGCUCGUUCAACAAGCGGAAAUUCUCACGCUUCUCACGCGUCUCACGCCUCUAUUGCUACUUCCGCCAGCGGUGGUCGAAACGGUUCUUUCGUGCAUCCUUUUCAACAAACACCUCGCACUUCGACCCCUCCGCUCUCAUACGCAAACUCGCUCGCCUCUCUCGACAACCCUAGCGGCCCUCGCGACUGUUCUCCUACCAUUACAGAAACCGAAGACGACCUCGAGCCUCCUAACUUCCAAACUUCAGGUCGUGCUUACCACUCAGGUCCUGGCCCUCGACGUCCCUCGCUUGCCAGUCAGCGCACCAGCUCGCUAUCGGAUGUGAAUCAGCCACAGCGCAUCACUGCCCACGGCCGUUCAACGUCAGGAGUUUCUGCGCGGAAACCCCACAGUAUCGUGACUCGAAGCCGGUCCGAUCUGCACCUUAACACAGGCUCUACAACUGCCAUCGACUCGGCAUCGAGUGCCAGUCCACCUUCUGGCUCUUUUGUGUCACCGCAGAUGAUUGCUGCAUCGACAUCUUCAAACGCUAUGUCUCCCCUCCGCAGCUCUCUCGAUAUGAGUGGCUUCCGCCUCCGUUCGCGCAGCGAGGUCGACACUGCCACCCGCCAGGAGAACGUCCGUGAAGCUCGUCGCAAGUUUGAGGAAAAGGAGAAAGCCAAGGAGGAGAAGUACCAUCGUGACCAAGUCCGCAAGCAGGAGCGCGCAGAGGCCCAUCGCUUCACCAAGAAUGGCCGCAAGGGCAGCUUUGCAAAUUCUCGCAUCUCGUGUGAUCGCAUGUCCAGUAGCACUGAUAUUCGACCUACUAUUUCCCGCAAGAACACUGGCAACGGCGUAGGCCUGGGCCUGACUACUGAGAACGAGAAGGUCGACUUUGCUACUCGAAGCUACGACACUGCGCCCCCGGGCCACUCGCUUGGUGCUAGGGCCGACGAUGUGCACUUCCAGUCAACUCAGCGAACCAACACCACCAAGCGAAAGACCACCAGUACCUGGACCGCCUUUGUUCUGUGGCUGAGAACGCGACUGCUCAAGCUAGGUCGACGAUAG